AUGACUCGCCGCAAAAAGCCACCGCCCCAGCGCAAACUUCAGCAAAUCACCGACUCUUCAGGCUGGACCCACGUCAUCAAAGGCCCUCCAGGCACUGUCAAUGCCGGGACUACUGGCAUACGUCUCGAAGAUGGAAAAUCCACGGGAACGAAGUAUACCCUGGAGACAUAUCUAGACAGAUUCCGGAAGCACUAUGCUCCCAUCUGGCAAGGAUCGGAUUGUUUCAAGAGCUUGUCACGUAUGUUCGAGCAAGACAUACUACCUGCGGAGAACAUCCUGAUUACACAGUGCGUCUGUCUGGGCUUGGGGAGCAUGACGGCUGGGUCGGAGAGUUCGUCUUAUGAGCUUGCGGCUUUGAUUUCCAUCCUCGAGAUGCUAGGCAAGGAACACCACAUCCAGGACAUCGUCUUUCAAGACCCCGUCUUCAACGCGCUCGACCACACCAUUCUGGAAAGUCUUGGCUACACCGUCGUCCAAAGCCCUGACGCCUUUUCCAAGCUCAACGGCACAACGUUUCUCUUUGCGCCCCACCUUGAAUGUUUCCACUACGCUACCGCUUUGGAGACCGCAACGCCCGUAUUGUCCGUUGGCUCCGAUCCGCAGAUGUAUGUUGAAGGUUUGUUGUCGUCUCUGGCGGAGAGCACGAAGAAAGGGUCACGUCAGAUCUUCCACGACUUUUUAGGAAAGACUCGUUCGAGGCCUAUGCCCGACUUUGACAGAACUCCUUGGUGCGAGUCCACAUGCAUUUACUGGGUGAAGUCAGAGAAAGACGAUUCGGGCAAGAGUAAGAUCGAGGAAGCCGUCCGGUUGAUGUAG